GAAUGCGAGACCUUCGAGAAGUGCUGCCCCAAUGUCUGCGGGACGAAGAGUUGCGUGGCGGCUCGGUACAUGGAUGUCAAGGGGAAGAAAGGGCCGGUGGGGAUGCCCAAAGAGGCAACCUGCGACCGCUUCAUGUGCAUCCAGCAAGGCUCAGAGUGCGACAUCUGGGACGGGCAGCCCGUCUGCAAGUGCAAGGACAGGUGUGAGAAGGAGCCCAGCUUCACCUGUGCUUCUGAUGGGCUCACCUACUACAACAAGUGUUACAUGGACGCAGAAGCUUGCAUAAAAGGCAUUACUUUGAACGUAGUCACCUGUCGAUACCAUCUCACCUGGCCAAACACCAGCCCAAUCCCACCAGAAACAACAGCUCGCCCGACUACGGCCUAUUCUGAGACGACGAUCAUCGAUAUCUUGCCACCGGCAUUGGUGAACAACCCCGUCCAUCAGUCAGUCUAUGUGGGAGAGACUGUCAGCUUCCUCUGUGAUGUUACAGGGAGACCCAAGCCGGAAAUUACGUGGGAGAAGCAGGUUGAGGGGAAAGAAAAAGUCAUUAUGAAGCCAAAUCACGUCAGAGGGAACGUUGUGGUCACUAACAUAGCCCAGCUGGUCAUCUACAACACCCAGCUGCAAGACGCGGGUAUCUACACCUGCACUGCCAGAAACAGCGGCGGCCUUCUCAGGGCUGAUUUCCCACUGUCCGUCAUCAAAGGAGAACCUGCAUCCAAAGAAGCUGCCCAGAACAGAACACACUUUCCAACCGAUGAGUGCUUGAAGCAACCAGACAGCGAAGACUGUGGAGAAGAGCAGACCAGGUGGUACUAUGAUGCAAAGAAAAACAACUGCUUCACUUUCAUUUACGGGAACUGUAACAGCAACCUCAACCACUUUGAGACCUAUGAGAACUGUAUGUUAACGUGCAUGAACGGCCCAAUCAACGUUUGCAACCUACCAGCCCUCCAAGGUCACUGCAAAGCCUACGAGCCCAGAUGGGCCUACAACAGUUUGACAAAGCAGUGCCAGUCCUUCAUUUAUGGUGGGUGUGGAGGUAACGAGAACAACUUUGAGAGCCGGGAGGCCUGCGAAGAGAUGUGUCCCUUCCCAAAGAACACGCACUGCAAAGCUUGCAAGCCGCGCCAGAAGCUGGUGACGAGCUUCUGCAAAAGCGACUUUGUGAUCCUGGGCCGCAUCACGGAACUGACCGAAGACCAAGACUCAGGACAUGCGCUGGUGACAGUGGAGGAGAUUCUCAAAGAUGAAAAAAUGGGAUUAAAGUUCCUGGGGAAGGAACCCCUGGAAAUAACGCUCUUCAACAUGGACUGGAGCUGCCCGUGUCCCAACAUGACCACAGUGGACGGUCAGCUCAUCAUCAUGGGAGAUGUCCACAACGGCAUGGCUGUCCUGCAGCCAGACAGCUUUGUGGGCACCUCCAGCAUCCGGCGCGUACGGAAACUCCGUGAAGUCAUCCACAAGAAAACCUGUGAGCUUCUGAAAGAGUUUCUAGGAUUGCAUUAACCUCCUUCACACAUGUCAGCCUUCCAGACCUGUGUGUUACGUAGGGCUAACAAGGGCUAGGCUAGUGCACAAGCUAAACAAGCUGCUUGAAGAUACACUGUAGGAAUUAUGCAGAACCCUUAUUUUAAUCCAUUAAUGAUGCUUAGCAACAAUGUAGUAUGGUCUUUGGCAAGCACAUAAAACAGCAGCAAAAGGCUAUUGAUCUUGCAUUGAAAUAAAUUUGUCCAUAUAGGAAUGCCAUUUAACUAGAUGACUCACUGCAGUAAUUAUACAAUUUUUAUAUAGCUUCUAUCAUAUA